AUGGGGCUUGGUGAUGAAAUACCAUGCUAUGUUUACAUCCCAGCAAUCUGGCAAACUGGACACUGUAAAGAAAAGGAGACUAGUGCAGGACAGGGAGAAGACAAUCAUUUUGACAGCACAGAGAAGUAGACCAUGGUAACAAAUGGAUUUAAUUUAUUCACUGUUGCUACCCAUGAAUUUGUACAUGCUCUGGGCCUCGGCCAUCCCACUGAUCCUUCUGCUUUGGUGUAUCCUACUUACAAAUAUCAGUCUCCAUUCAGAUUUUGUUUGACAAAGGACAAUGUGAAAGAGAUCCGAGCACUGUAUGGUACAUCCUGUAUACCUCGAACCAUUCCUUCCUUUCCUCAGCUCAUGUUAAAUGCUGAUGCUGCUUAUGAAGUUUCUGAGAGGGCUUUGGUUUAUUUUUUCAAAGACCCUUAUUACUGGGUAACUCAAGGAUUUCAAAUGCAGAGCUCCCCUUGCACCAUCUCUGACUUAGGGUUUUCCAAAAAAGAGCAGCACACUGAUUCAUUCGACUACCUAAAGGAGGUGCCCUUCUUUAUGGGAGAUGAAUAUUACAGUCACAAUGAAAAGAAAAGAAAGACAGGAAAAUAACACCCAAAAAGUAUUCAUAAAGAGUUUAGAGGAAUCAGAAGCAAAGCAGAUGCAGCACUGGAAUUGAAUGGUGCAUAUUUAACCUCAUAG